UAUCGACUGCCUACGUGACCCUAUGUCUGCGCUGUGUCUGCGCUGUUUCCGUAUUGUGGGUGUUGGAGUGUGAGGAGGGGAAGUACAAUGUGUGUCAUCACAUCACGACCGCCUCGCCGCGGAGACGGACGCAGAAAGAGACGACAAAGGCAGGCAACCGCCGCCACACCACCACCGCCACCACCACAACAACAACAACAACCACGCCAACAACAACCACAACAACAACAACAACAACAACAACAACAACAACAACAACAACCACACCAACAACAACAACAACAACAACAACCACAACUACAACAACAACCACAACUACAGCCACGGCACAGCGGACGCCCCGACUGCGGAAGCCGUCGGACCCGCCAACCCGCGACCCAACCCCCGGAGGCCGGCCGCAGCGCCACCGAUACGGUCGACGGGGAAGGGCCGGGCGGCAGACGCGCCGUCUCGCAGCCGGCGGCAGCGGCGUUAGCACCCACCCACUAGUUCGAUAGUGGGUACCCCUCCAGCCGGCCCUAGGGUCGCGACGUGUGACCCACCUAUUAAUACGAAUGCUUCCCCCCACUUCGAAGCGGACUCGGGUCGUGUGCACGUGUG